AUGGUGGGUGAGCAGUGGAAGAAAUAUUACCAACAACUUCCCCUUUUGAACCAAAUCAAACUCCACCGUUGUGUCAUCAUACCUCAGCCGAUCUCGAUUGAAUUACACUUCUUUUCUGAUGCGUCAGAGAAGGCUUAUGGUGCGUGUGCCUACGUGCGCAGUCAGAAUCGUGAGGGUCAGGUAAAUGUCAGCUUGCUCACUUCGAAAUCGCGAGUAGCACCACUCAAAUGUCAGAGUAUCCCCAGGCUUGAGCUCUGCGGGGCCCUUGUGGCCGCAGAGCUCAAUGAGCAGAUUAAAAGGUCAGUUAAAAUGAGUCUGCGAACCGUGUUUUGGACUGAUUCUACCUGUGUUCUGCGUUGGCUUCAAUUGAUUCCGUCAACCUGGACCACUUUCGUCGCAAACCGAGUCAGCAAAAUCCAAACUCUAACGGAAGGCUGUCAAUGGAAUCACGUUGCCGGAAGGGAAAAUCCAGCUGACCUUAUAUCCCGCGGAAUAACACCGGAAGAUAUAGUAGAGAGCCAAUUUUGGUGGAAUGGUCCAAGUUGGUUGUCGGAGAAUCCAGAUAGUUGGCCUAAUACUACGAAAACAUUUCCGGAAGGGGACGAAGAAAACGAACGAAGGCGUUCUACAAUUGUUGCGAUAGGUUCAGAGAAGCAAGAAUUCAACCGUUGGUAUUUUUCUCACUUUUCCUCCUACACAAAAUUGAUACGUUGUACAGCCAUUUGGAUGAGAUUGUGUCGAGUGCUUAAAAAACCGAAUAAGGGUAUUACUACCGGAUUUCUUACCACAAUGGAGUUGUCGGAAGCUGAACACGUUUUGGUACGACUUGUUCAGAAGGAAUGUUUCCCUGAAGAGCUUCAGGCGCUUUCAAACAAGGAAUUCGUGUCACGUCGAUCCCCACUUCGAUGGUUCAACCCAUUCUUAGAAAACGAUCUGAUAAAAUUGGGUGGACGAUUGAAACAUUCCAUGGAACCAGAAACAUUCAAACGCCCUCUCGUUCUCCCAGCGCAACAUUGUUUCACUAAACUGUUGUUUCAACAUUACCAUGAACGGUUGCUUCAUGGUGAACCGACCUUGAUGCUAAGCGCAAUCAGGCAACGAUUUUGGGCACUUGGAGGAAGAAGUGGAGUUCGUCAUAUUGUCCACCGCUGUCUGAAAUGCUUCAAGGCGAAGUCGACCCCAAUCGAGCAAUUUAUGGGAGAACUGCCUGCAGAAAGAGUGACAGAGUCUAGGCCAUUCACAAAAACCGGCGUUGACUAUUUUGGUCCAAUCUACGUUCGGCCCGGACCUCGAAAACCAGCUUCAAAGGCAUACGUGGCUCUGUUUGUUUGCUUUUCAACCAAGGCAGUUCACUUGGAGUUGGUUUCCGAUCUUUCUACUGAUCGUUUUCUCCAGGCAUUUCGGAGAUUUAUUGGAAGAUGGGGAAAAAUCACCGAUAUCUUCUCGGACAACGGGACAAAUUUUAUAGGAGCCAAAAAUUAUUUACACGAACUCUACCAACAGCUUAAUUCAAAACCACAUCAAGAGAAGGUUUCCAAACAUUGCGCUGAUGAUGGAAUUCAGUGGCAUUUGAAUCCGCCCCGUGCCCCACAUUUCGGUUGGCUUUGGGAAGCAGCUGUGCGCUCUGCAAAACAUCACAUCCUCAGAGUGAUAGGUGAUCAACCGUUACCAUUCGAAGAUAUGUCUACUUUGUUAGUCCAGGUCGAGAGCUGUCUGAACCCAAGACCGAUUACACAGCUCACAGACGAUCCUAAUGAUCUCGAGCCACUCACUCCUUCACAUUUCUGGCUUGGUUCGUCUCUGCAAGGUCUACCGGAACGUGAUUUGAGAAAUGUGUCCACAAACCGGUUGAACAAUUCUCAAAUUGUGCAACAAAAACUGCAGCAGAUAUGGUCUCGGUGGAAGCAUGAAUAUCUCUGUCAACUACAGGCCAGAACGAAGAGGUGGAACAAACCUGUAAAUAUUGAAGCCGGAAAACUGGUGGUGAUUUGCGAUGAUAAUUCUCCGCCAAUACACUGGAAGAUGGGCCGGAUUCACGCAGUGCACCCAGGAAAAGAUGGGAUCAUACGGGUCGUUACGCUCAAGACUGCUACAGGGUUUAAAACAAGAGCAGUAGAACGUCUUUGUCUGUUACCCGUUCAACCAGAAAUUGAUGUUGUUGUUGAGUCAAACGUAGAGUAG